AACUAAAUUGUUAUGAAGUGAAAAUGUAAUAAGAUAUAGAUAACAUUUCAAGACUUUUGAACUAUAUAUAUAGUCUAGCAGUUUCAUCUUAUGCAUCAUACUAGUUCUAUUAUCAUCCCUUCUACCAAUCAAAAUCUAGUGCAUGAAUGUUGGUAUACAUAUUUAACAAAAAUGAAAUAUUAUUAAUUUACGAUUUUUGCAUAUAUUUAGUGUAUGAAUGUUGGUGUAUUGAAUUUGUUUAAGUUGAUAACAAAAAAAAAAUGUUGGUGUAUAUCUAACUGAAACGGAAUAUCAUUAGAUUUGUGAUUUAUUCAUAUAUUUAGUGCAUGAAUGUUGGUGUAUAUAUAUCUAACUAAAAUGGAAUAUCACUAAAUUUCUGAUUUUUGCAUAGAUUUAGUGUAUAAAUAUGUUGGUGUAUAUCUAACCGAAAUAAAUAUUAUUAAAUUUGUAAAUUUUUCAUAUAUUUAGUGCUUAGUGUAUCCAUUACAGUUGACCAAUUUUAGGAUGAGAAGUUUCGUACGUUUUCUUCUGAUUCUUGAACUUCUUUAUAUAACAUUGUAAUCUGGUUAUGUUGAGUAGUCAAAGACAUCUCUUCUCAAACUCAACAUUGAAGAUAAUGUCGGCCACGAGUGUAAUUUUUCCGACAAUAGACCUGGGAGAGGUUUCUGAUGAGAUCUUGAAUCACAAACUCCGUGAAGCCAGCGAGACAUGGGGAUGCUACAGGGUAAUUAACCAUGGAGUUUCUUUGUCUCUAAUGUCUGACAUGAAGAAGACCAUUAUGGAUCUCUUUGAGCGUCCAUACGAGGUGAAAGUGCGUAACACUGAUGUGCAACAAUGGAGUGGUUACACGGCUCAAAGCGAAAUCAAUCCUUAUAAUGAAGCAUUGGGUCUCUAUGACACGGCUUCUCCUCAAGCUGUCAACACUUUUUGUGAUCAACUCGAGGCUUCUCAGGAACAAAGGGACAUUAUGGUGAAGUAUGCUGAAGCUAUUCGUGGGCUUGCAAAAGAUCUAUCAAGGAGACUAGCAGAGAGUUAUGGUUUGGCUGAUACUACCAACUUCUUCAAAUCUUGGCCAAGCGAGUUUCGUAUACACAAGUACCAUUUCAAAGCCGAGGCAGUUGGGAAACCUUCUGGUGUGAAUUUACACACAGACUGGGGGUUCUUGACGAUACUUCAAGAUGAUGAAAACGUUGGUGGACUUGAAGCCAUGGACCCUUCUUCAGGAACGUUCUUUCCCUUACCCCCGUUAGCAAACUCGCUUGCUAUCAACCUAGGGGACAUGGCUACAAUAUGGAGCAAUGGAAGGUUAUGCAAUGUGAAGCAUAGAGUGCAAUGCAACGAAGCUAAAACAAGGUUUUCUAUCGCUUCCUUCUUGUUGGGACCAAUGGAUACAGAUUUGGAAGCUCCAAGCGAGUUUGUGGAUGCUGAACAUCCGCGACUAUACAAGGCUAUUAGUCACAAAAGGUAUCGAAGUCUUAGAAUGGCAACGAAUUUGCAUGAUGGAGAAGCUCUCAAGCUUAUAUCCUAUGAAUGAAUGAAUAUGAUGUAAUGACAUAAAAAAGACUUUUGUACUUUUUGUUUG